UUCUUCUUUUUUUUUUUUUCUCUCAUUUUAUUAUAAACAUAACAUGGAAGGACAUGAAGGACACAACAUGUUAGGACAUGAUAUGAAGGACAUGCCUGGACAUCAUAUGCCAGAUCAUCACAUGCCAGGACAUGAAAUGCCAGCAAUGUGUUCUAUGAGUAUGUUAUUUAACUGGCAAAUAAAAGAUGUGUGUAUUGUAUUUGAAUGGUGGCAUAUUCAUAAUGAAAUUGAAUUGUUUAUUUCAUGUAUUGUUAUAUUCGUUAUUGCUGCAGGAUAUGAAUAUUUACGUGUUUGGUCAGCUUCAAUGGAUGAGCAAUGGACACUAGGAGAUAAGAAGAAGAUAACAGAUCAAAGAAGCCCUUUAGUAGCAAGACAUUAUGAAGAAGAUUAUGAAACGGCAGCAACUAUAAAUACAGGAUCAGUCGAUACAAAUCAUUUAUCAAGAAAAGGCUUUUUAACGAUAAGACAUUCUAUUAGACAUCGUAUUUUAAAAUCAGUUAUUUAUGCAACACUUGUAGCCAUUAGUUUUUGGCUAAUGCUUGUAUUUAUGACCUAUAAUGGCUAUUUAAUGGCUGCAACGGUAUUAGGUGCUGGUUGUGGGCAUUUUAUUUUUGGGCAUGGAAAAUUAAAAGCAAGUCGAGAUAUUCAGUGUCAUUAACUCCUUUUUUUUUUUUUUCUAUCUCUCUUUCACUCCUUAAAACCUCCUAUAACUUAAUAUAAAAGGGGCUAUUUUACCUCUUCCCCUUCCUUAUUAUUAAUAUAUUUCAUAUUUAAUUUUGCAUUUGCAUGUAAUUUAAUUCGAUAAAUUAAACAUUGUAAGUGUCUUUUUUUUUU